CCGGACCAGCCUGUGAUGGGUCGCUCCGCAGCUCCACGCAACCUGCGCCCAUUUUAAACAAGCGUUUGCGUGUUUUUUUUUUUAAAAGCUCCUUCCCCCUCUUUUUGGUUUUGUUUCUCCAUUCAAGUCAGCAGGAUGGCUGAGAGGGAGCCCGGGUCGCCUGGGGAACUAAAGACAUUAUUAUAGCCGACGCUGUCUUUUUUUCGGAAUACGGGGACAAUUUCUUUUUAUAACUUUCCCCUGUGUGGAUAAUGGAUGGCAGAGAUUUCGGACCUCCCCGAUCCGUCCACGUACCACCUCCGUUGUUGGCGGGGCUCGCAAUGGAGUCUCACCGACUCGGAGCAGCAGCCGCCGCCGGGAGGAUCCCUCCCUCGCCCGGUCACUUGGGCGCGAGUCAUCCGCCGCCUCUCCACCCUGGAAAAUUCAUGCCAUCGGCCAUUAACCUCCAUCCACACCACAGCGAUGCCUUCCCUACAGGCUCCGGUCACUUCCUGUCUGGUUAUCCAGGCCCCUCCCCCCUGACCUCUGACCCCGCGUACAGAUCGGCCAAUCCCAGCAGCCUGCAGAUGGCUCAGCUCUGGGCAUCACACACUCAUGAAGGCUACCCCCCCAUGCCCAGCAGCCUGUACUCCAGCCCCUACUUGUCCCUGGGGCACCUUGAACCUCCCUCGCUGUCACAGCACCCUCUCUACGACUCACAUAAAGAGGGUUUCUACCUGCCGGCCUCCUUGAGCCAGUCUCCUCUCCAUCCUCCAACUGCGCCACCGGCCUCCUUGUCCAGCUCCACGCCCCCUCAGAGGACGUCCCGGGACUGCGGUAGGGACCGGCUCUACCGGGCGGAGAGGGAGAGAGAGAGGGACAGGGAGCGGUCAAGAGAGGAGCUGCGUUCAAGAGAGGAGCUGCGGUCAAGAGAGGAGCAGCGUUCAAGAGAGGAGCAGCGUUCAAGAGAGGAGCAGCGUUCAAGAGAGGAGCAGCGUUCAAGAGAGGAGCAGAGGUCAAGAGAGGAGCAGAGGUCAAGAGAGGAGCACAGGCUAAGAGAGGAGCAGCGCCUAAGAGAGGAGCAGAGGUCAAGAGAGGAGCAGCGGCCUCACAGUGUGGUGGACCUUACGCAAGAUGGGCGGAACGAGGAGGAGCGCCGGGCGAGGAGCGGGGACCGGGAGCGAGAGAAAGAAAGGGACCGGGAAACGGAGAGAGACAGAGAUGGUUGGUCUUUUCAUCCUCACCUCCACCAGCAUAAAUCAAACUCCCAUCCCUCCACAGUGGAGGCUAGAUCCAGGCCUUCUCCUCUACAGCCCACCUUCCCUUCACCUGGGGGUGUGAGCAGGUUCCAUAUACCAGAAACGGACAGAAGGAGUCGGGAUGAAGAGGGCGGCUCUCGACCCCAUUACAACCAUAACGCAAAUAACUCAAACUCUCAACCAGACAGACUGAGGCGGAGCGAUUCUGCGGCAACGUCGGCUGCGAAUCUUCAAAUCUCCUAUGCCCUUGCGCCUGCGCUAGCUGGUCUGCCCCACCCCUCCACGCCCAGAGACCCCAACAGAGAGCAGCGAGUCACCGCACCGACAUAUGUGCCUUCUGUGGAGGUUUACGACGAGCGGGCUGGGCCGAUCCAGAUCGCCUCACAGGCCCGCGACAAACACAGAGAGCGGGAGAGGGAGAGGGAGCGUGAACGGGAGAGAGAAAGGGAACGGGAGAGCUACAGGUUUCCUGAGAGGAGCCUGAUGGAUCAUCCUCGACUCUCCCAGUCUGGCGAUUCAAGCAAUCAAAGAGAGGAAGGUUCAGUCAUUUGUUCCAAUGGUUCCAUUGGUAAACGAGGCCAGGACACAUCGUACUCCUCCAGUCAAUCAAGGUUCAGCCCAGAAACCAGGGACACUUCUAAACACUCAAUCCGAUUGGGUGUGGAGCGUGCAGGGGCGGAGCCUAAGUGGAAUAACAUCAGCCCAUUGGCUAAUUAUGCCACGACUCACAUGGCUGCUCUGGCAGCUCAACACGGACACACACUCUCCUCACCCCACAGCCAACCUACACAAACACAACUGUCCCCCCACACAAGUCACCGGCCCACCAACAACAACAACCCACACUCCAACAGCCAUUCUCCCCAGACUCACACCUCCCAACAUGGACAUGGGCGUUCAGGUGAGGAGGGGAGUCAGAGACGCUACCUGGACCCAUCAGCUCUCUACCGACCCGGGGGGUCAAUGGUGGGAGGGUCCAGUGGGGCUGAGCGAGCUGGGGGGGCCGAAUCGGACCCCCAGGAGGUUUCAGCCAUGCAGAGUCUGAUCAAAUACAGUGGAAACUUUGCUGCUGAAGGUCCUGGGUCAGCCAGACUUGCCGCAGACGGCCGAGGGCCCUUUGGGGGUCUGGGUAACAUUGGCAUGGAUGGUGAAAGAGAGAGGGACCGGGAAAAAGAGAGAGACCGGGAAAGGGACAGAGAGAGGGAAAGGGCAUCGGUCGGAUCUGGUGGUCCAGGGGCGCUGAGGGUUCCUCCCCAGCUGAAGAGAGAGCAGGAGCGGCCGGACAGCGCUCGCUCGUUUGGCCGGGAGGGGGAGGGCGAGGUGCGGCACCCUCCGGUGGGCAUCGCUGUGGCUGUGGCCCGACAGAGGGACAGUGGGAGCAGCAGCAAACCAGCCAGCGGCCCCUCAGACCCACAGAGACCCCUUCUGCAAACUGCUAUUAAAGAUGAGGAGCGAGGGGAGGAGCGUGCUCGCCACCAUGAAGAGCGCCUGCUGACCGGCCGACUGGAGCGCGAGCAGGAGAAAGUGCUCAGAGAGUCCAAAGAGCUGGCGGAGUUCACUCAAAUGCACCCUCCUCCUAUGUCUGGCGGCCUGACGCCCAGUAUGAUGACCCCCAGCCUCAUGAACCCUAACCUUAUGGUGACGGGAGGGGCCGGGCGAUGGCCUCCAGACCACGGCACUCUGACCUCCCACCCGUGGAUGCCCCGGCCAGGAGGCCCCCAAGUCUGGCUCUCCAGCAGCCCAUACAGCCUGGGUCCCUCCUCACUCCACCAGACCCUCCCUCAAGGUUACCCCCCCUCUCUGCAAGGCUCCUUACCUCCGUCUUACCAGUUUGCCAGGGACCCACAGUCUGGGCAGCUAAUAGUCAUCCCUACUGAGCACCUGCAACACUACGGAGGCGAGGUUCUGGAGCGUGGAGGCCCGGUGUGGCCGGGGGUGUACGGUCCGGGCAGCUCGCUGCAGCACGCGGCCCAGCUCCAGCUCCUCUCCCAGCACCAGAUGCUGCGGCAACAGGAGCUGCUCAUGAUCCAGCAGCACACAGCUCAGGUCCUGGAGCUGCAGAGGAGCGCGCAGUUUGUUGAGCGUUUAAAGGCAAGCGAGCACCGGUCAGACAUGGAAGACAAGGCAGACAAGCGGAACACAGACCCCAAACCCAGACCCUCCUCAAUAUGCUCCCCAUCGCCUUCACCCGUCCUGCAUCCUCGCAAACCUCCCCGUCCCUCUCGCACGCCAACUCCCUCCACGUCCUCCCUCACCCCGCUGCCUCCGCUCCGCUCGCCUGUGACCACGCUCAAGUCAGAGGAAGCGGGGCAGAGAGUGUUGGUGCACUCGCCGACCCCCCUGCCGCACCCACCUUCCCCCCGCUCUGCUUCGCCGCCCCCGUCUUCGCCACGGCGGCCUAAACAGGAGGCGUCUGAGGAGGAGGUGGGACGGAGGGAGCAGAGGGAUGGACGGAAACCGGGCUCUGCCCCCUUUCAGGGCAUCUACCCUGAUGUCCCUCCAGGCUACCCUUACCAGUCUGUCACCGCCCCAUUUAGCUCCCCGUUCCCCUCUCAUCACAUCCCAGCACCUACGGGGACAAACACAGAGCUGGUUCUAGGACACCGCUCUCGCUCUCCACCAGCAGCUGCCCCUUUGCCCUCAGUACACAUCCAUUCAAGGCUCCUGGACACAGACAUUAAGCCACAGAAACUAGAUCCAUCAAAGACGGGGUCUUUCCUCAAACAGGAACCCGGUGUGGAGCGGCCUCUGCUGGGCGUGGCGCCAGAACCUCUUGGUCCGCUUCGCUGCGGGCCUGUGCGACCCAGCCAAGACAGAGAGAUGGAUGGGGAAGUAUCAAAGCCUCAUCCUCCACCGCUACGUCUGUACGUCCCCAGUCCUCCACCACAACGAGUCGAAAGGCUGGAAGAAGUCAGGGAGGAAGAGGAGGAACAACUCAAGAUGGAGGUGUCAUCUUACCCCUGCCAGGCAGCGUAUCCUCCACCCCCUCCACUCACAGAAGCUGAGCCCAAACCAAACGCCAUCAAGGAUCCAGAGCAAACACGAUACCCACCAUGCAUCACUGCAGAUUCAGACUGUCAGGAAUUGGCUCAGAAGAGUGUUCUUCUGGAGCGAACCACCAGCGCUGUGUGUGAACUGGAACAACCAGACACUCCAGUUGACUCCCACACUCCCCAUCAGAAAGAACUUGUACAGGAGACCCCUGUUUAUCCACCUUCCACUUCCAGCUCUCCUCUCCCACUGGUCUUCGGCCCUGAGGAUCCCAUGGCAGGGAUGCUUGCCCUGCUGGCAGCCAGCGAGAUGGCCAACCACACCCGCCCGGACACCCCACCCGCCCCAAUACUCCUACCCCAGAUAGACCUCCUUGCUGUGGGCGUUGACUGCAGCGGCGCGGGGCCUCUGGAGAUGGUGGCCCUUGAGGGGAUGGCUCUGCUCAGCCAAAUGGCCCAGAGAGAGAUGGAGCAAAUCAACCAGGGCCAAUGUCUGACAUUAGAGGGUCUGGAUUGUCUUCUUGAGGCCAGCAGACAGAUCCUGUUGGAGGCCAUAGAGAAACAGUCCCACAUCGAUCUGCCCAGAACUCUGGACCCCAACAAGAAGUACAGCUGGAGGCAGAGGAAGGAGCCGCUGUACAGUAAGUUGUCUGUGGACAUGAUGGACGCAGUGGAAGUGGAGUACCGUGUCCGCCUGGCUGAGCUUCAGAAGACGUACAAGGAGCAGCAGCGAGAGAUGAGCAAGCUGCAGAGACGCAGAGACAAGCAAGACCGGCUGCAGCAGGAGGAUGAGAGGCGGAGUCUCACCAGACGGGGCAGAGGGCGACCCAGGAAGAGAAAGCUUUUGGCCACACCUCCCAAACUGGACAGCAGGCCUGGAAAAAUGGGAAGGACAGUGCAAUACUCUGAGGACUCUGAAGCUGGGGAAGGACAGAGGAAGAGGUUCUGUGUGUCCAGGGAAGAGGAAGAGACGGAGGCAGGAAGUGGAGGAGUGCAGGUGAAAAAGAAGAAAAAGAAGAAGAAGAAGAGCUGGACGGACCAGGAGCCAUCCACAAGUCACACUCUGGAGGUGUUGAAGGCAAAACGCGGCCAUGAGUUUGAGCAGGAGCAGCUGGCGUCGGACCUCGACAGAGCGCUCUCGCUCUCGCAGCUCAGCUCGCUCGGCGCGUCCCGCAAACUCGCCUCCAACGCCAAAUUAGACAAGUCGAAGAGCAAGUCCGCUGACAGCCGUGUGAAAGAGCACGGCGUCCACUCCGUUGCCAAAGGAGGGAAACACAAGAUGGCCGCAAAGGCCUCCACUUCAGAGAGCGUCCAGAAAGUGAAAGGUCAGAAGAAGACGGCGACUUUGUUCUCUCCCAUGAGAUCAGAGCUCAGCAGCUGCUCCAACAACUCAGAUUCAGAGGAGCACAAUUCUGCCCGGGGGGGCUGGCCCCCUCUCUCUGGGACGCAAUCCCAUGGCAGCCUGAACAGGAAGAGGCGGCCUGCAUCACCUCCGACGUCCCUGCUGUCCGGUCAGAAGUCUCAGAAGAAGAAACACAAGCACUUAUCCCUGCUGCUGGAGGAAGCGGGCCUCAGCUCCUCAGACGACUCCUUCGACCAAGAAACCUCCGAGGACGAAGAUGACGAGGAGGAGUUCGAUUCCGACGAUGGCGGCUGCGAGGAGAGCGGGCUGGGUAUGCUGGCCCGGUUUGCGGCUAACGCGCUCCCCGUCAGCGCGACCCCACUGAACCUCCUCCAUGAGGGCAAACACCCUCAUAGCAGCAGGCAAAGCACUCUGGGUUCAUCAGAGUGCGAGUGGUCAGACUCUGGCUCAGACCUGCGACUGAGGAAGUUCCCCUCUCUGCUCCAUGGAAAGCGCUCCGCCCCAGAGCUGCCCCUGCUGCCCCCUGCGUCCCGGCGCAGCGACCAGACCAGCCCCACCAAGCGAGAUGAAGCGCCAGUCAAACGCAAGCCCCUGCCCAAACCCCGCCCCUCGCCUAGAUCGCCCGGGCGGUUCAGCUUCGACCUCGGCAGCAGCCACGGGAUCGGAGGCUUCAGCGAGGACGAGGCCUGGAGCCGGCGACGCAGCGAGAGGAUCUUCCUCCAUGACGCCACCACCUCAGCGACUCAGCUGUCUGUGUCAGGCCUGGGAUCCAUCAGUCAGAGCUCCUCCACCUCGUCCUCCAGCUCAGGCCCACCUCUGACCCCGAAGCCCGCCCCCAGACCCAAACCAACUCCGCCCAGCAAAGAGGGGAAAGACCUGGUGAAGCAGAAGAAGAAGCUGAAGGACUCUCCUCUGCCUGUGAGCCCGUCUGUCCUGUGCAGUCCAAUCACUGACGUCCCCGUAACACUGAGCCUCAGCCCGACGAGGAAGAGCCAACCAAAACCCAGGACCAAGGCCAGAGAGCCCUCCAGGGGAGCGGUGAGCCGGCUGAUGGAGAGCAUGGCCGCAGACGAAGACUUCGAGCCCAACCAGGACAGCAGCUUCAGCGAAGACGAACUUGUGACUCCGCGCAGCCACAGUGUAUCAGAGAGGUCCUCCACACCUGCUCCGGUGCAGUGUGUGUUGGAUAAGGACUCUCUGGUGGACGGACUCAGAGUUCUGAUCCCGAUGGACGACCAGCUGCUGUACGCCGGACACGUGAACACGGUGCACUCUCCUGACAUAUACAGCGUGGUGGUGGAGGGAGAGAGAGGAAACCGACCUCACAUCUACUGCUUGGAACAGCUGCUGCAGGAAGCUAUCAUCGAUGUGAAGCCUCCGUCCGUGCGCUAUCUCCCAGAGGGCACUCGCAUCGCUGCGUACUGGAGCCAGCAAUACCGCUGCCUGUACCCGGGGACCGUUGUCAACGGAAGUUCAGAUAUUGACGAGAACGACGAUCUGAUCACGGUGGAGUUCGACGAUGGCGACAGCGGCCGCAUCCCGCUCUCACACAUCAGGCUGCUGCCGCCCGACUACAAGAUCCACUGUGCUGAGCCGUCCCCGGCGCUGCUCGUGUCCAGCUGCUCCCGGAGGAGAGUACGCAAAUGCAGCAAAGAGGGAAAAGAAGCCGGAUCAAAGCCAGAGGAGACGGCUCCGAAGAUCAAAGGGAAACCUGGACGCAAACCCAAACCCAAACCAGAAACCUCCAUGACCCCGGACAGCCGAGAGAAGACUGAUCCUCCUCCCCCCUCCUCCCAGCCUGCAGAGAGACCCCAGGCUCCAGCUAAACCUGCCCAGGACAGGACCUCCUCCGUUCAGAAGGCAGGUCAGGAGAAGCCGCGCCCUGCAUCCCGGCCGACAAUGGGGACGCAGGCAAAACCAGUCCGCAAAAGCUCCACCGCGUCCCCUACCAGUAGCCCGACCCUCCCCAGCCCGGUGUCAAGGAAGAGCAGCUCCAUGCCUGCUUCCAAACCAGCUCGGGCUCUCCCUCCCUCCCUCUACCCGUCCACUUACGGGAAAGUGCUGACUGUGGAUCUGUACAGCGAGCCCAACCUCAGCUCGUACAACAACCAGCGCAGAGAUAGAGAAAACACCAGCAGUGUCAGUCCCACUACCAGCAGACCCAUGUCCAGACCCAUGGCCACGUCUACUGGGACUAAGCCCAGUUCCUCAUCCGCGGCCAGACCCACCUCUGCCUCCACAGCCAAAACCAAACCCUCCUCUGACCAUCACGGCAGCUCCAGACCCAGCCUCCACUCGGGACCCCUUCCCAGCCCCAUCUCCAGGCUAUCGACAUCCAAACCUGGCUCUUCUCUGGCUUCUAGACCUUCAUCAUCCUCAUUGUCUUCUUCAUCCGCCCCAAGACCCAAACUAAAGAUGCCGUCCGACCAGCUGUCCUCCAGCUCCAGCUCCAGACCCGUUUCCAGGCCCAAGCCCAGCGCAGGGCCAAGUGACGGCGGAGGCUCGGCAGUGAGGCGCAAGUCCCUGUCUGCAGAGCCCCUCGUGAAGCUGGACCACGAAGGUGUCACCUCGCCCAAGACCAAGAAGACCAAGGCUCUGAUGUUGCUCGAGGGUCGAGGCGUCAGACGAGAUCACACCUCCAUCCCCACGGCCUCAGCCAAUCAAAAAGUGCUAAAAGCUAAGGUGAGAGCUCCAGACAGAGAGACGCUUCUACCAGAGAAAGACUCCAGCUACAAAGCACCGAUGCUGGUGAAGGAGAAGAUGGACAGUCGGGGAGGUGUCGUAAGAGGACAGGAGAUGGACACCAGAGAGGAGAAAGUUAAAAAAGAGGAAAGAAAGGAGGUGGAGAAAAGAAAGGAGAGAAAGAUGAAAGAGGAGUCUCACAGUAGCAGCAGCUCAGAGUCAGAAGAAGAAGGUGACAAAAGGAAGAUGAAGAAAAAGAAGAAAUGCACCUCAAGUUGCUCUUCCUCCUCUUCCUCCUGCUCUGGUUCCUCCUCAUCUUCUUCAUCAUCUUCGUCCUCAUCGUCCUCUUCCUCCACUGAUGACACGUCCUGCAGCUCCGAUGAAGAGAGGACGGCUUCAUCUCCACCAGGCCCCGUCUCCACACCUCCGGCACAGGACAAGGCAAAAGAGGAGACUAAAGAAGAAGAGGAGGAGGAAGAGGAGGUGAAGGAGGAGGCAGAGAUGAAAAUGGAGGAUGAGGAGGAACUCUCAGCUCCCUCAGAAUCUCCCUCCCCGUCAACCUCUCCGACUCCUCCAUCGAAACCCGGUAAACCAGCCACCGGGAAGGGCUCCGGCCAAAGGGGUCGUCCUCCGAAACCGAAGCCCAGCGGAGGAGAGGGGAAAGUGGGGAGACCAAAGCGGAGAGAGGGGGUCCACCUCCCCACCACCAAGGAGCUGGCAAAACGUCAGCGGCUUCCCAGUGUGGAGAACAGGCCCAAGAUCUCUGCUUUUCUUCCAGCCAGACAACUCUGGAAGUGGUUCGGGAAACCAACUCAGAGACGCGGUAUGAAGGGCAAGGCCAAGAAGCUCUUCUACAAGGCCAUCGUUCGGGGCAGAGAGAUGAUCCGCAUCGGCGACUGCGCCGUGUUCCUGUCGGCGGGCCGGCCCAACCUGCCCUUCAUCGGCCGCAUCCAGAGCAUGUGGGAGUCGUGGGGCAGCAACAUGGUGGUCAGGGUGAACUGGUUCUAUCAUCCAGAGGAGACGAAUCCUGGGAAGAAACUCAUCGACAAGAAGAACUGGGAUCAGAUGUGUGGUCAGUCUUUACCGGCAGCGAUGCACUCUUCUAUCCAGAGGAAAGACUUCAUGGAGCGCGCCCUGUACCAGUCGUCUCACAGCGAUGAGAACGACGUGCAGACGGUCAGUCACAAGUGCCUGGUGGUGAGCGUGGACGAGUACGAGCAGAUGACCCACACGCGCCGCUACGCCGACAGCGAGGACCUCUACUACCUGGCCGGCACCUACGAACCCACCACUGGCAUGAUCUUCAACACUGACGGAGUCCCGGUCAUCUGCUGAGAUAAAGAAAACUAAUUGUGACCCGACCCACGGUCUAAUCACUGAUCUCACGAUUGAGGUUUUGGCUGCAGUGACUCGCAGAGCGCCACCACUCCACCCUGACUGUCACGACCAGCCACCUCCACCACCACAGACACGGGAGACACUACAGACAGUAUUAAAAUAAAAAGGAACAACUCCUGAAACAUUUGCACACACAGACUCCAUCGUCACAAACUGUUUCCACUCGUUGUCGUGUUGGAGGGAACGUUUCAGAACACGCACGAGUGCUUCAGUCACCUUCUACGUGUAAAUAUACUCUGCAUAAAACACACUUACACCCACAUGCACAGACACGUGUAAAUACUCACCUUAUGUAACACACACACACACACAAAGUUAUAUAGAGGAGAAUAUGAGUGUUUUAUUUUCAUGUAACAGAUUUAUGUCAGAGUACUUUUUGCUAUAAGAGGUAAACCGCCGAGAAGCUUUAAUGAACUGUGAAUGGCGAUACAGGAGAGAGGUGUCAGUGCGCCCAUCUGUCUCCCUGCGCCCCGGCAGGACAGACACACACACAGACAGACAGGUGGACGGACACACACAUGCCAGUGGUGUGACGUUGUGUUUCUGAUGUUGCUGUGGUGAUGUUACAGUCAUAUAAAUGUAUCUACAAGAACAGCAGGAGCGACGGACAGAUGCAAAAAAAGGAGAGACGCACAGAAAGAAAGAAAUAGAGAGAGAGAGAGAGAGAGUUGCAAUCCAAAAGAGAGCACUUAUUAAAAACACUUAAAAUCUACCCUCCUUUAAUUUAACCCCCCCAGUGACAAUCCUCAAACCAGAGCAGGAAAAUCUGUCCUCUCGAGACUAGAACCUCUGACUCCCUCAGAGACUCAGGCUGAAGAGAGAGAGGAAGGAACCUUGUGCUGUGAAAAGAGCACUUCUCAUUUCAAUCUUUUGAGUUCCUUACGUUUUAAAGGAAAAAUCCACCCGGGAAUAAUACAAACACUAUUUCUACAUUUCGUUGUCCCGCCUCUUUCGCACCGAGGUUGAACAGCAACAAAAGGGAAAAGUGGAUCUUUAGAGGAGGCGCCAGUUUUCUGCUUCUGGGGCGUGGGAACAAAUCCUAUUUAAGAGGUAAAAAUGGGGUAAACUUCAACACUUGCAAAGUAACUCCACGAAUGUACUGAACGAGAGGAGCUGCUGCAUCAACAGUGUCCGAGUCCCCGAGGUGGAUUUUCCCUUUUCUUUAAGGGUCGUAAACACUCGCAGCCUUUUCCCAAGAUGCAUCAAGGUCGUGGCUGUGACGUUCAGUGUAAAGCUGCCAGCACUGAUUUGAUCAACACAAUUACAUUUUUUUACCGCUCAUCCUCUCGCAGUCCGGCCUCACGCGCUCAGAGCAGCCGCGGUGUUUGUGUUUGCGACCUCUAACUGUCCCGUGCUGGAUGUGGUUUAUUAUUUCUUUUGCUUCUGCUGUUUUAUGGACGUCCAUCCGACCCUCUUACGAUCACAUUUCACCCUCCCAGCUCCUGUUUGACAUGAGUGCACUUUGAAUUAGCUCUGCUGCAGAGGAGUGUUGUAUACGUCUACCUAGAGUAUUUGCUAGAGCCCCACAUCUCCCCUUUUUCCUCCACACACACACACACACACACAUACACCUAGACCUAGUCCACAACCCUUCCCACUCCUUGUUCUUUUUCGGCUCUCUCAGCUGCUUAUGAAUUUUUUCUACGUGCCUAGUUUAACCGUUAUUUAGGGUGAGACUGUUGAAUGUUGUGCUCAGGGUUGUGAGCGUUUGGGUGGCCUUCACUCUCCCAGGCCUUGUGAUGACGAGUCACCGAAUCUCUCGUAGGAAAUAGGACUGGUAUUUUCUCCAGUCUGCUGACGUAGGGAAACACAGUUGUUCCGAAUGACUUCGAGUUGAAACCAACCCUCCGUUCCUGAGCUCUUAACCCACUUGGCUACACUAUUGUGUAUAGAGUGUAUCAGAUAUAUGAGUAUACAGUAAAUGCUGUAUAUACGGUUUAUAUCUGUCAGUAUCAUGUUGAUUUUUCUUGUGUGUUUCUUACCACGUUGCCGUCUCUCUGCGUCACUGCAGAGACUGAAGAUUGUCUUGUUGAUAUUCAAUAGGUUUAAUAUUUUCUACUCUCUUGAGAUCUUUUGUUUUUUUGUUUGGAUUUGUCUGAUUUUAUUUUAAGGAUAUAUCAUAGUUGUAUUCUCGCUGACACGUCUGGAGGACGACCCAAGAUGUUGAUGUCGUUAAUGGGAAAUUUUUCGCAGAUAAAAUGAAAAAAAAAAAACGUUUAUGUAGAAUCCUGCCACGAUGGCGUCCCAGUAAAAAUAAUGUUGGUGGUGAUCCGCUGACUCUCAGAGCUGAAAGUUGUUCAGCAGGUACAGAGUCGCUUUAUGUUUUUCUGACAUUAAACGAUGCCAGAAAAUCACAUCCGCUAAAGCCCCAGCUGCUCCUCCAGCUGCUGCUCGUGUUUGGCAAACAGGAGUCGGCUGCUUGAAACUCACCGUUCCUGCACACCGUGGAUCUCCUGCUGGUUCCUCAGCUGCCGGGGGGGGGGGGUCCGGUAGAUACGUCCUACCUGUGUUUGCAGAGUGAACAAGUUAAAGUGCCCAGUUAUGAAUGUUUGUUUACCCCUGGAGCUGCUAAAGCACUUUUUUUGUCUAUGUGAGAGAGACACACACACACACACAAUCAUACUCUUAUCCCCUUAUAUUAUCACUCAAUCACACACACAGGGUGAAUUUGGGUGAUUUGGUACAUUAGGGGAUGUGAGACACCGGACGUCUAGUGUGUUGAUUUCAUGAUCUAACAAAAUGUAGACAACCCCAGUUUUAUUGCAGAUUUGACACAGACGUCAAGUAAUUUUGAAGUAAAUCUGUCAUAAAUAAGAUAAUGUUCCUGUUUGUUAUCAGAUUGUAUUCUUCGUCCGUUAAAGCAAAUAAUAAUAAUAAUAGUGAAUUUCAUUUCACCUCAAAUUAAAAAAAUAAACAAGUGCCAUUUUAUCAAAUGUACAAACAAAUUAAUCAAAUACAUUUUAAAAUGUGGGAUAACUGUUUAAGUUGUCUGCCUUGUGACUCCUUACAUGUUUAUAUGAAUUAGAGUAAUUUCCUUUUUCUUAUUCUUUCCUCUUCAGUCUUUCAUGAUGCUUUUUAAAAUGUGUUGAUACAGAACUGCAUUAAGAUUCAGGCUUUUUCAAAUUCUCAUAUUAGAAAGUGAUACUUUCCAUUUCAGCAAAUUCAGUUAAAUAUCGGAAUAGGUUGCAGAAGUAAAAAUGUGCAAAAGAAUCACCCAAAUUCUCCCAACACGUCUUUAUAACCCUUAAAGUGAGUUAUUGCCUUCUGAUGUCUAUAAACCCACGAUCUCCAUCCAAAGUCCAGCCUUAGGCCUUCAAACAGGGUCCAACACAAACACACACAGACACACACAUAUUCCCCACAUAGCCUUCAGUUGGUGUCAUAUCUUUUAAGGGCCUGACGUCAUAUUUGUUCCGUCUAUCACCGUUUAUAUGUUUUACUUUUGCGCUUGAUUUAUUUUUCUCAUCUCCUAUUUGGUUUUAAAAUUGUGUUUUGCUUCCCCCUCUCUGAACAAUCGUCCAGGCCGCUCCAGCAAAUUCUGCUGACAGGCACCGGGAGCUAGCUGCUAGAGAGAGAGAGAGAGAGAGAGAGAGAUAGAGAAGAGUGAGAAGAAUGAGAGAGAGAGAGAGAGAGAGGUGGACUGGAGGCUGGUUCUUCGUCUGCUGUUCCUUCAGUAUCGUUAUCGUCCUGUUACAGUAAAACAAAAAAUAAAGAUUAUUUUGAAAAUAAAUAGAAAAAUCAUCUAAGUUUUGUAAAUGAUCCUUCAGCGUUGAGGGGAGAAAAAACAGAAUAUACUUUGUACUCGUGGAAUCUUGUAAAAAUGCAAAAAGAAAAACAUUUUAGGGAUGAAUCUGAAACCAGAUCUAUCCUGUUGCUCUAUACUGUACGUGAAAGUAUUUGUCUUUUUUUUUUCUUUUUUUUUUUUUUUACAGAAAGCAACCACGUUUAUCAGUGUUUCUUUUAAAUUGUUUUAGUAACUCAGUAUUUUAUAGUUAAUCAAUAAACAGAUGGAACUGUA